UCGACAGGUGGCUAGGGCCCCACAAUGUGAGGAAUUAAUGUGAGAGACAACAUAGAGAGUGAAGAUAAGAAAACUCCAUGUGGAAUGUUUACCUGACGUCUGGUGCAAGAGGAUUUAAACUGCAAGUGAACUUUGGAAGAGGCAUGCUGCUUGCAUCCCACAGCCUAUCAGUGUCUGUCCCAGUUCUGCUGUAGCUGCCACCCGCCAUGCUACUACUUAUGGAUUGUCUGGACCUGAAAAGUUGCCUGCUUGGGAUCUUGCUGUUACUAUUGCUGGUGGACUUCCUGAAGCACAGAAACCCACCCAACUUCCCCCCUGGACCAUGGCCUCUACCUUUCGUGGGCAAUCUCUUUACUGGGUUUGGCUAUCAGGCUGUGGAUAAGGUUGCUAAAAGGUUUGGCAAUGUUUUCAGCCUUCAGUGGGGCAGGGAGAGGGUGGUGUUUGUUUCUGGCUACAAGAUGGUGAAGGAUGUUUUGCUGACUCAGGGAGACCACUUUUUAGACCGACCAGCAUCCCCUCUUUGUAGUGAGGUUUUCAGAGACUUUGGAAUCUCUACUAGCAAUGGAUACAGAUGGAGGAGGCAGCGUCAGUUCUCUGUCGGCCACCUAAAACAGUUUAGUGAGGGCAAGAAAACCCUGGAGCUUCAUGUACAGCUGGAAUGUAACUUUCUUUGUCAGGCCUUCAAACAGGAAAUGGGAGUCCCCUUCAAUCCCCAAGUCAUAAUAAACAGUGCUGCUGCAAACAGCAUUGUAUCCUUGGUGUUUGGAAAGCGAUUUGACUACGGAACCACAGAUUUUCAGGACCUUCUGCAACUAAGACAGGAGUCCAUGCUACUAACAGGCCACCCUCUGGUUCAGUGUUAUAACAUAUUCCCAUGGCUGUUUAAGCGCUUGCCGGGGUUGCGUUCUGGUCCCCAUUCGAAGAUUCUUUCUAACAAUGCAAAGAUUGUGUCAUUUCUGAAAAAGGAAAUAGAGAAACAUAAGAAGGACUGGGAUCCCUUUGAUCACAGAGACUUCAGUGACUCCUACAUUGGAGAAAUAGACAAGAAAAAGAGGGACACUGAGGCUGGGUUCCAUUCAGAGAACCUGGCAUACUGCUGUUUCGACUUGUUUGAGGCUGGAAUAGAGACGGUAACCAACACUUUACUCUGGGCUCUGCUCUACAUACUGAAUCACCCUGAAGUUCAGGAGAAAGUUCAGGAAGAGAUUGACUCUGUAAUUGGACCGUCACGCCAGCCCUGCUCUGCUGAUAGGGUGAACAUGCCCUAUACAGAUGCUGUGAUCCAUGAGACCCAGAGGAUGGCUAACAUACUGCCACUUAACGCCAGGAAGACAAACAAAGACACAACCGUAGGGGGGUAUUUCAUACCCCAGGGCACCAAAGUGAUUGUUAACCUCUCCUCAGUUUUACGUGACCCAUCAGAAUGGGAGACAGCAGGUUACUUUAAUCCAGAACACUUCCUGGAUGAACAUGGUCAUUUUCGAAAAAGGAAGGCCUUUUUCCCAUUUUCUGCAGGGAAGAGGGCGUGUCUGGGGGAGCCACUGGCCCGCAUGGAGCUCUUCCUCUUUUUCACCUCCCUCCUCCAGAGGUUCACCAUCUCUCUGUCCCCUGGAAAAGAACCCCCCAGCCUGGAACCCCAGGGAACAGCCAUCCUGUCCCCUGAACCCUUCACUAUCAGUGCCUCCACACGAUAAUGGAUCAUCAUCGUGGACAACAAGAUUCAUGUAUUGUUCAUUUUCCUACAGUCCAUAGAAAUCAGCUUUUUUUUUUUUACUUUGAACCCAACCGCUUCAGUCACACUCAACCCCUUGAGGGAUUGGAAGCAUAAAGUCAGCCACAGUCCAGCACCAUUAGAGAAGUUCCAGCUCAAAUGCCUUGCUUAAGGGGCACAAUGGCAGAUUUGAAGAUGCAUCUGAGCUAAGUAAUUUGAAAGAUGUAUUUUCAACAUCUUCUCAACUUUUAAAUGUCUUUUCAACCAGAAAUAUUUAUUUUUAAUGUUUGUGCUAUUAGGACCCUUACUGAGCACUGUUUCCAUGAAUAACAUAAUGCAUUUACACAGUUCUGUAUGCGUAGUCCUCCACAUUUGUUCAGUUUUUUUGUACUUCUUUUUUUUGGAACAAAUUUCUGAUUUAUUUGCAUUUGAUGCUUCAGUAAGUCAUGUGUCAUUAUCAAUAUAACUAUUAGGUUGGCACAUGGAGGUCCCUUACUGGAAAGACUGAAUUGGAACUGCAGUAAUGUGCUGUAAUUGGAGUCAACUGUAAUAGUUUUUGAACCAACAACCGAGUACUUACUAGGAAAAUGCACUGCAGACAUUUAUUUUAUUAUUUUGGGCAGUAUUCUGAAUGCUAUCUGUUUUCAAUGUGGAUUUUGGAUGCAAAAACUCUGUGAUUCUUUUCAACUGGUCUUUAUCAACUACUCUGUCCAAUCAGGGACAUUUCUCAGGCAAACUCUUGGUAUUUUUAACCAUGUCACCCCUGUUCAGUCUGUUGGCUAUUCAUUGGUAAUAAAACUAUCUGCCCAACACCCACUGUGCCCCUUGAAUAUAAAUUAUUGGGUGGUUGACAUAUACAGUGGAUAUAAAAUGUCUACACAUUCCUGUUAAAAUGCCAGGUUCUUUUGAUGUAAAAGAAUGAGAA